AUGGCUUCGUUGGCAAGGCCUAUCGACAUCCGCUUGCCUGCCACGAGUGCGGGCGCCUUCUGCGCUUUUUGGGAUGAGGAAGAAGGCACCUGGUCAACGAGGGGCCUCGUCUUGCUUUCCAUUGAGGACGGGAUCAAUGGCCCAGAGCUCCUAUGCCAAACGACUCACCUGACUCUCUUCGGGGCCUUGCUGGACACACUGGUCAAAGUGGUACGGUGUUCCACGGCCUCAGAGGUCUUUUCCGCCAAAGGUUUCGAGAAUCUUGGCAAGGGCAACUGGCUAUCCUACACGUACGUGCCCUGCAUCGUAAGCUGCAGCGCCACUUCGGUAGCAGAGAUCCUGUGCUUUGUUCCUGUUCCUCCUGUUGCUCUUGUACGCCAUUCGCCUGGAUACCCGGAUGUCUUUGUCAAG